AUGGAGCAAGCACCAAGCGCGCCAAGCCCUCCUCCCAAACCGGCCCAUCACGAACCCAUCAGCUUCGGUAUCGACCAGAUCCUGGGAGCCGGUACGGAGCCAGAGAACGCACGCACUGCUGGAAGACAAAGUGGAUCCGAUUUAAGCAACGCGGACGGUUAUUGCAGUUUAGGAAGCCCGACCGGGGCCAGCGCGCCCUCUUACACAGCGCUGUCUAUCUCCCUCUCCGGUAUAAUGCCUCCGGUGGAGGCUUCAGGUUCAUACGGGGAGAGCAGGGGUCUGGGCAGCAGGGGAGUGAUUCGAGUCCCGGCCCACAGACCCAUGACAGCUCCGGGACCCCCAGCCUCCGUCCAAAGCGCUGUCCCUGGGUUUGGAGGGCUGUGCUUCCCGUGGAUAGGAAACAGGUUCGCCAAGGACAGAAUAUCAGCGGCUCUGGUGCCAUUCGCUGUUACGCGGCGGAUAGGACACCCGUACCAGAACCGGACUCCCCCCAAACGGAAAAAGCCGCGUACGUCCUUCUCCAGAGUUCAGAUCUGCGAGCUAGAGAAGCGCUUCCACCGGCAGAAAUACCUGGCCAGCGCCGAGCGAGCAGCCCUGGCAAAGAGUCUGAAGAUGACAGAUGCGCAGGUCAAAACCUGGUUCCAAAACCGCAGGACGAAGUGGAGGAGACAGACAGCCGAGGAGAGGGAGGCGGAGCGUCAGCAGGCCAAUCGUCUCAUCCUGCAGCUGCAGCAGUCCGCCCUCCAGAAGUCCCUUAGCGAAUCAGCGGUGUCUGAUCCGCUGUGCGCCCAUAACUCCUCCCUGUACGCUCUGCAGAACCUCCAACCCUGGGCCGAGGAAAGGGAAUAG